AUGUCUACACACACCCCUGACCCCCAGGCCGUGGAGUUGCUCAAAAACAUCGAAAAUAUUUUCCUUCAAACAACCCAACUUUCAGAACGAUGGUAUCUUGUCGCACUGGCAGCUUUAGCCGGAGGCAAUGAUCCGGUUCUGUGCAAGGACCUUUAUCUCUACCUCAUUUCCAAGCCAGAAUUCUCUCAACCAGGCCAGAGGAAAGCCCUCGUUCGACGUGUCCGAGAAACUCUCAUCAAAUGCGUCGCCGUUGUCGGCGUUUGCAAGCCUAUCGAGGCCAUCCUCGCCAUCAACGAGUGUGAAAGAGAUGAGGACAAAGACCACAGCAUCACUCGAGAAGGGUGGCAGUGCGACGAUGCCAACCUGAAGCGUGGUAACGACUGGAUGCAAAGGCUCUAUUCGAGGAACAUGGACGAGACUAUGGGGUUCUUUAGUGACCACAGAGACUUCGAGUGGGUUAGCAGACAUAUUUCAUAUGGGUUGUACCUCAGCGACCGUCAGGUCCUGGACGAUAUCGAUACUGAGAUUGUUGUCUUGUCAUCAAUCAUGAUACAGAACCUUGGCAAGGAGACGCAUUGGCAUAUCAGAGGGUCAAGGAGGUUGGGCAUCCCCAAGGCUGAUGUUGAGGCUCUUCACAGCUCGGUGGGCACUAUCGCUAGACAUCUUGGAUUGAGUCAGCACCGCAUCCCGAGCGUUGAACAGGUGGAACAAGACGUGUAG